AUGUCUGUGUUCGAGUCAGCACCACUGUUCCCAAAGGAUGCCAUCUUUGCGCUCACUGCACAGUACAACCACGAUCCCUCUCCGGUGAAAGUAAACCUCGGUCAGGGUAGCUAUCGUGACGGCGCCGGUCUUCCUUGGGUGCUUCCAUCGGUUCGUGAGUCUCGGCGAAGACUAUCAAGUGACCAGAAACUCCACCAUGAAUACUUGCCCAUCUUGGGCUUACCGGAGUUCCGAUCCGCAGUUGGAAAGACAUUGUUGGGUGCUCAGGCUCACAUUGCGAUCGAAAGCAAACUCGCAGUCUCCCAAAGCCUCUCUGGGACGGGAAGCCUUCAUUUGGCGGGCACAUUGCUCAGAGAUUACAGCGGACUGACUCAUCAGGUCUUGUUAUCAGAGCCUACAUGGUCCAAUCACCAUCUGAUCUUCUCUUCGCUGGGUUUCGAGGUGCGGACGUUUCGAUACUACGAUGCCACGACCGGAUCGCUCGAUUGGAAGUCCUACGCGGACGCUCUCCAUGCCGCCGAACCGAAGUCGAUUGUAGUCCUGCACGCUUGCGCACACAAUUCUACCGGCUGUGACCCUACUCGGGAACAGUGGACAGAGAUUGGCCGCAUCAUCAAGGCCAAGAGCCUUUUCCCACUCUUCGACGCCGCAUAUCUAGGUUUCAGAUCGGGGAAUUUUGACCAGGAUGCCUUCUCGAUACGGCAUUUUGUCAACGAUCUCGGCCUCGAGGCGGCGGUGGCUGUCUCUUUUGCCAAAAACAUGGGCCUCUACGGAGAACGCGUCGGGGCCACCGUCCUCGUAACCAAGUCUGAGAAUGUCGCCCGUAAUUGCGAAUCUGUCUUGGAAAGAAUACAACGUUCAGAGAUCUCGAAUCCUCCGGCGUACGGCGCCAAGGUGGCAACUCAGAUCCUCAGCGACGAGUCGUUGAGGAGCAUGUGGUUUGAAGAUCUCGAGACCAUGAGCACGCGUAUUGGCACAAUGCGUCAAAGCCUUUGUGAUUUACUGGUCAAGAGUGGGGCACCAGGCAGCUGGGAUCAUAUCACACAACAGACAGGAAUGUUCGGCUUCCUGGGUCUAUCGCACAAAGUGGUUCUUCAACUAAGACGACAAUACCAUAUCUAUAUGGCAGACAACUCACGUAUCUCAAUCGCUGGACUAAAUGAAUCGAAUGUGGUCUUUGUCGCGAAAGCCAUUGCGGAUUGUUUGAGGGCCGAAUCCAUUUCAGAGGCUACAUCAUCCUGUGCGGCGUCUAAUCUAUAG